GAGCAGCAACAUGCGCUCACAGCCACGCCUGCCCUGAAGAACACAACAUCACACUAGGAUACAAGUUUGGAGUUCAGGAGAUUGUCUUGACCAGGACCACACCCCUAAAUGCAUUCUGUCAAGAGAUCCUCCGAAAAGUUGCAUAAUUCACCUUUAAAUAGUCCCCUGGUGGGCUGAUUCCUCACCUCGUGCAUCUCUUUCAUCUCUCCUCCUCUGAACUCUAGAAGACUCUGAGGAGUGAGACCAUGGCUCUCUUUUCAUCUCGAUGCUCUCCCUGCCUCCUCCUGUUCCUAUUUGUCGUCCUUUCUCUUCCUCCUUCCUGCGUUCCGGAGUCUCACCGUGAAGGACCGUCUCUCCUGCCCUCCAUCUCUCCCACAGAGUUUUCCACAACAUUUUACAGUAACCUGAAUGAAAGUUAUAACAGCUCCACUCAAAACAAGAAGUGUACCGACCUGGUCAAGUGCAACCCUGGAAUUAUUUUGCCUGUUUGGAAACCUUUGAAUCCGGGUCUCGGAGAACAGAUCGCCAGGGCCGUCAUCUAUUUUGUCUGUCUCAUGUACAUGUUUCUGGGAGUGUCAAUCAUCGCUGAUCGAUUCAUGGCUUCCAUAGAGGUUAUCACAUCACAGGAAAAGGAGGUGACCAUCACCAUGCCGAACGGAGAGACAACAGUGGCCACUGUAAGAAUUUGGAAUGAAACCGUGUCUAAUCUGACCCUGAUGGCUCUUGGCUCGUCUGCCCCUGAAAUCCUUCUGUCGGUCAUUGAGGUGUGCGGUCACGGUUUCAAGUCUGGUGAGCUUGGUCCUGGCACCAUCGUGGGCAGCGCUGCUUUUAAUAUGUUUGUGAUCAUCGGGAUCUGUGUGUGGGUGAUACCUGACGGUGAAGUGAGGAAGAUUAAACAUCUGAGGGUAUUCUUCAUCACGGCCUUCUGGAGUAUCUUCGCCUACAUCUGGCUCUAUCUGAUCCUCUCUGUAAUCACACCUGGCAUCGUGGAUGUAUGGGAAGCUCUGGUUACUCUCUGCUUUUUUCCCGUCUGUGUGAUCUUGGCCUGGAUCGCCGACCGGCGCCUCCUCUUCUACAAGUACAUGUCGAAACGUUACCGCGCAGACAAACGAACAGGGGUUGUCGUGGAGACGGAGGGGGAGUUGACGCCUAAAGGUGUGGAGAUGAUGAUAGACGGGAAGUUUCCGCUGAGGGGCGGAGCCACGGGGGUGGAAAAUUGCCAGGAUGGGAACAUGGCAACCCUACCCAACUCCAGCAGCGCGACCGUUUACAUGGAGGGCGUCAAGGAGCUGGAUGAGAGUCGCAAAGAAGUCAUUCGUAUCCUGAAGGAUCUGAAGCAGAAGUAUCCAGAGAAGGAACUGGAUCAGCUGAUGGAGCUGGCCAACUACUACGCCCUCCUCCACCAGCAGAAGAGCCGAGCCUUCUACCGCGUCCAGGCAACGCGCAUGAUGAUCGGAGCCGGCAAUGUGCUGAAGAAGCACGCGGCAGAUAACGCUCGCCGGGCGGCCGCUACGCCCACCGACGGAGCCGUGGAAGACGACGACCUGGCCACCUGCAGUCGCAUUUCAUUCGAAAGCUCUCACAGUCAGUGCAUGGAGAACUGCGGCGUGAUCUCCAUAGCUGUGGUGUGUCGGGGUGGUCUAGGCGAGAGCACGUUCUACGUCGACUACUGUACGGAAGACGGCACUGCCAACGCCGGCUCGGAUUACAAGUACUGCGAGGGGACGCUGGUUUUUAAACCUGGAGAAACCAGGAAAGAAAUAAAGGUGGGCAUCAUUGACGACGACAUCUUCGAAGAGGACGAACAUUUCUUCGUGCGUUUGCUGAAUCUACGCAUCGGUGAUGCCGAGGGCAUGUUUGAAAGCGAUGAUGUGGGUCAGGGACCCAAGGCUCGGCUGGUUGAACCGUUGAUGGCCACGGUCACCAUCCUGGACGAUGACCACGCUGGAAUCUUCACGUUCACGGAACGUCUGAUGCGAGUGAGCGAGAGCGUGGGUACCAUGGAGGUGACGGUGGUUCGUAACUCCGGCGCCCGGGGAACCGUGAUCAUCCCGUACCACACGGAGCCCGGGACGGCCCAAGGGGAUGGGGUCGACUAUGAGGACACACACGGCGAGCUGGAGUUCACCAAUGACCAGACGACUCAGACUAUCCAGGUGAGGAUCAUUGAUGAUGAGGAGUAUGAGAAACAUGAGAACUUCUUCAUUGUUCUUGAGGAACCUCGCUGGCUGAAAAGAGGAAUAUCAGCCCUGCUGCUGAACCAAGAUGGUCCUGAGGGGGAACUGAGCGCCGAGGAAGAGGAGGCACGGAGGAUAGCAGAGAUGGGGAAGCCCAUUUUAGGAGAGCACAGUCAACUGGAGGUGGUAAUCGAGGAAUCUUAUGAAUUCAAGAGCACCGUUGAUAAACUGAUCAAGAAGACCAACCUGGCGCUGUUGAUUGGCACUCAUUCGUGGAGAGAGCAGUUUGUGGAGGCCGUGACCGUCAGCGCAGGUAACGGUGAUGAAGAUGAAGAGGAGGGCAGAGAGCAGCAUCUCCCGUCCUGCUCCGAUUACAUCAUGCACUUCCUGACGGUCUUCUGGAAGGUUCUGUUUGCGUUCGUUCCACCCACAGAAUAUUGGAACGGCUGGGCUUGCUUCGUGGUAUCCAUCACUGUAAUCGGCCUCCUCACUGCCGUCAUCGGAGACCUGGCGUCGCACUUCGGCUGCACCAUAGGGCUUCGCGACACGGUCACGGCGGUGGUGUUCGUAGCUCUGGGCACAUCUAUCCCAGACACGUUUGCAAGUAAAGUAGCCGCGGUUCAGGAUCAGUACGCCGACGCCUCCGUGGGAAACGUCACGGGCAGCAACGCCGUCAAUGUGUUUCUGGGCAUCGGAGUGGCUUGGUCCGUGGCGGCCAUUUAUUGGGCCGCCCAGGGCAAGAAGUUUGAAGUGGACCCCGGGUCGCUGGCCUUCUCCGUCACGCUUUUCACCGUCUUCGCCUUCGUCUGCAUGGGGGUGCUGUUGUUUCGGCGCAGGCCGUCUAUCGGGGGAGAGCUGGGCGGCCCCCGAAGCUCACGCAUCAUCACUAUCAUCCUCUUUCUGGGUCUGUGGUUCCUGUAUAUCCUGUUCUCCAGCCUGGAGGCCUAUUGCCACAUCCAGGGUUUCUAAACAUCCACACGACAAACAAAUGAAAGCGUGAACACACAAUACACACAUACUGAUACGUACAAGGGUUAUGAGCCUGAAAGCCAAUGCCAAUGUUUCAUUAGCUGAAUGCAUCUUCAUUCAUACACAGACCUACUAACUAGUACUACACUAAUAUAAAAAAUAUACAUAAAGAGAGAAAAAGUGAAAGAUGGAGAUAAAAGAAACCUUGUAUGUAGCAAAGAGAGACAAGUAUGGAUGUGAAGAAGGAAGAAAACUGCUGUAAAAUAGUCUCAUUUUUAAUCUCGUCGUCCCUUCAGCUCAAGGGCACAAGAAUAAGCUUGUGUUUCAUGUAGAUAGGUAACAUUUUAAACACUGUCACAUCUUUCAAGGACAUUUGUGACAAACAAUUGAUGAAUUUGCAGUGCACGCCAAAUGUCGCUCUUGUUUGAAUACUUUGAAGUAUUUCCGCUAAACCUGGGUUUACAGUUUGCUGUCAAUCAUGAUGGUCAAGGAGAUCUUACAAAGCAAAUGCAACCAUUUAGAGUCACUUUGAGGUAUUACAAAAUUAAUUCAAUAUCAUGUUCUGACAUCAAACGGUAGCACACAAUGUCCACGAAACUCCUGCACUAAUAAUGUCAAUAUUAGAAAAUGAAGAUCCGGCACGGCUUUCAGAAAAAAGGCAUUUGGACUGCUCAUACUUUAAACGGCUUGAUAUUUGUUUUGCAUCGAUAUCGUCACUGCCAGAAAUCUGUCAGAAGCCCAAAAUGUGUAUCAGACGACAAAACUUUGACAAUAAAAGAAGGAAGUGAAUCUAAAUGAACCUCUGAAACAUAGUCACAGCCUUCUAGUUUAAAUCGACCGUGUCCAGAAAUGACACGUAAAUGCAUAUUCAACUCAAAUGGUGUAGUUUAACGAAUGCAAUGGAAAUCUUCUCUUUAUGACAUCACAAUGAUGACUUUGGUCUCCAGAAGAUCAUGCAUUUGCAUCUCCAUAUCGUCUCUGACUUCGGACACCGAUUAUUUCACAUCGCUGCCUGGUGUGAUGUGAUGUACUGUACUGUAUGUGAAACUACAACAGUGUUAUUCAGACGUUUUGGAGAUAAACAAGUCUUGUCUCCUUCAAACAAACUGAGACUUUUUCUGUCUUGAUCUGCUUGACCACAAGAUGUGAGUUCACGUUUAUUUGUGUGACUUAAAAAGGUGAAUCAUAGAAAAACAUGCUCGCAUAUCACCUCAGAUUUGAAAAGAAAAAUCUAAAAUACUUCUCGAGGCUAAAUCUUUUGAUUUUAAGACCAGACUUGUCUUUCACUAUUCAUAUUGCGUAAACCUGUCUGGAGCUUUUCGUGCUACUGAACGAAGAUGCUGGAAGGUUCACCAACUUACUGGCUGUUAAUGUGAAAGCUGAUCGUCCCUUAAAUAGUCAUGCCUGAAUCUGAAAGCGUUUCGGUUCCUGACAGAUUCACAAUAAAAUGUUUACUGUAGAGCACUCAGGAUUGUGCGUUUACGUAUACGUAAGGGUUUUUUUUACGUCUGUCCGGUCUGUAGGUGUUUGUAUAAAGCUAUUGUGUGUGGUGUGUCGUCCUCCUGGUUUUGGCCUCCAGGUCUGGACUUUUGUCUGUGGUCUGCAUGAUGGACCACGUGUUGGCAGAACUAUAAAUGGCAUGCUUUGAAUCAAAAGACAUGCAUGAAUUUGAAGUUUACAAUGUUUGUUGCUAAAAUGGACAAUGUUUUCAUUUACAUUAGAUGAAAGAAAAUAAUGAUGAUGGCUGCCUGUGUCAGAUUUGUGUGGUUUGUGAUAUAUAAGCACUGCUCUGAGGUCAGUAAUCCUGGUUUGCAAACAUCUUAUUUAAUAUAUUAACUUAAACAUUAAUUUAUUGAAGAGCAAGUGUAAAUAGUUUUACUUUGGCAUCUUCGAAUGGUAUCAUCUGUUUUUAUUUCCUCUGCGUGUUUGAUUUUUCAUUUUAAAUAUCGUCUCUGUUUACAGUUCAGCAAUGAGAGAUAUAAUCCACUGACUGCGAUGUUCAGUUUCACACGUUCAGCUUCAGAUAUUUCACAAACAGACUGUUACUCAUUUGGUCAUUAGUUUAAAACUUUACAACCGUGGCAACUUUAUUUUAGUUUAGAUGAUGGUAAGGGUAUAAAAUAAUAGUUUAGAGGUUUUCAUAUCUGUAACAUUAAUGAUGGAAAACUCCUGCAUUAACAGUAACCAGUAUCUGUCUUUUGUUUCCUGUCCAAUAAUUGCCUUAAGGGACUUAACUAAGACACUUAUUUAUUAUUUAUUAAUCAUUUAAUAAUGAAGCAUAACCAUGUUUUUAUUGUCUCUGUAUUGUGUUCUGUAUCAAAGCUGUUUGUGUUUCUUCGAGUGCAACAGAAACCAAAAUGAUUCAGUCAAAGCGUGCAAUAUGCUGUCAUCCCCUGAGCAUCAGCAAUACGUCGUGUGGUUUGUUGUGUGCACUGGCGUCACGGUAAAACCCUUUCAGUUCUUCUCGUGCCUAUUCAACACUACCGAGCCCCUAAGGUGACAUAAAAAAAAUCUAAAGUUUAGUUUCACGCGAAACUAAACUUUAUAAAAUUUUUGCUCCAUGUCCCAUAGGGGCUCCGUACAACCCUGUCGCUUGCUUUAAGCUUUUCUUUAGCUCAGUGGUUCUCAAACUGGGGGGCAUAAGAUGGUACCAAGAGUCCCACUUUUAUGAAUUUUUAACAAUAGAAUAAUCAUAAAUUCUCCAUAAUUAAACCUCAGAGAAAUAAGGCUACUAACUAACAGCACUAUAUUGUAUUAUUUAAUAUGUUUUGUUUAAUUAAAAUUUUAGUUUUAGAUUAUUUUAUGACGUUAAUUUGCCACGAAAGGAUGCACCAUUCACUGUAAACCCAGACAAGUUGAAUUCAUCUUAAAACAUUAGAGGAAAGUUUUUCCCCCAAAAAAUGAAGUAAUGUGAACUAAAAUAAUGUAUAUGUUAAAAUUUCAAGAAAUUCCACUAUAUUUGAUUAAAGUUUAUUAAACUUGAAAUAAUUUUUUAUAUCAAUUGUCCAACAUUUCCACUUACAGUAGUUAACUCAGUUCAAUGAUUUUCUAUUUUUUCUAUUUAAUUUUUAAAUUAUAAAUAUAAUAGCUAAAACCUGCACUCUUCAAAAAAUUUAAUAAAUUUAAUUUAUUUAAGUUAUUUAAUAAAUAACAUCUAAUGUGUUGUCCUUAACUAGACACAUCUCUGUGUUAUUUUUGGAACAACACACUUUGUGUUGUUUUAACAAAUCUUGUGUUGUUCCUUUUAUUUAUUUGAACAUAAAAUCAACACGAAAUGACACAUAAUGUGUUAAAUAGGAUAACACAAAACAAUGUCUUAGAAAUUAACACAUCCUUUUUUGUGUAUUAACAACUUUUUAAGUAAGGGUCUUAUUCUGUGAAAAGGCAUAAAUAAACAAAAUAUUCAGGCAGAAAUGAUUAUGGGUAUUCCUCACAACAUUUACUGAUAAUUUAAAUUCAUUUCACUUGAAUGUUUUAGUUUAAUGAAUCUUAUACACUUAAAAGUUAAAUUAAUUAAUCAAGAUUUUUAAAGUAUAUGUCCAAAAAUGUAAAUAUUAUGUGAUGUUUACGUCAUUGUUUAAGUAAAAAUAAUGUCUGGGUUAAAAAUGUACACUGUAAAAAUCUUUGAUGCACUUAAACGUUUAAGUUCAAACAACUUGAUUUCAUUUAAACUUUUUUUAAUUGUAAGAAGUUGCUAUUAACUUAAGUUUAUUCAACUUAAUUUUUUUAUUUAUACCAACUCCUCACUUGUCAAGAAAGUUGAAAUUAAAUAAAAAAAUUAAGUGCACACUGUAAAAAAUAUUUUGCGGCCUUAAAAUUUUUUGUUAAAUCAACUCAGAUUUACAAGUCAUGUCAACAGAGAUGAGUUGUCACAACUUAUAAAAUAUAGUUGAGAAAAGUCAACUUAAUUUUAUAAGUUAUAACAACUCACCUGUAGUUAUAACAACUCAUCUCUAGUCAAGAUAAAUAAUAGUAAGUUGACAUGACUUGUAAAUCUGAGUUGAUUCAACAAAAAAAUUUAAGGCAGCAAAGUAUUUUUUACAGUGCAACAAUGAUUUUUUUAGUUAGGGGGGCUAUGCACCGAAAAGUUUGAGGACCACUGCUUUUGUUGAACACUACAAUGAGAAUGUGCAAUAAAUGUAAGAAAAUGAGUCAGGAGUUUUUGGUGAAGGUCCAGAGUUUCUGCUUUCAUUUUGUGUUAUUUGUCACAGUCUUUGAGUUUGUCAAGCAUUUGGACCGAUUCCAAUAGUCACUGCUGUAGAAAUCGAGAUUGAUUCAGUAGAAAUCCCUUUUUACGCUGAAUGUCGGAUGUUUACUCUUUAUACGACUCUGUUAAUGUCAAAAGAUUUGUAACACUUUUUGGAAAACGACUUUGUGACAUUUUCAGUGGGUGAUUUUUCUAUUUCCAGUUGACUCAAAUCGACCAGUAGUUAUUGAAUAGAUGGUUUUGAUAACUAUUUCCGAGAUCUUUAGAUAUUCUCAUAGUCAGCAAAUGUUGUGUUAUAACUUAUGUCUAUUUACACUAUCAGAAGAAGGUACAAAAGCGAUCACUGAGGUGAUACCCUUUCAAAAACUACAUCUUUGUACCUAAAGAGCUCAUAUUAGUACAAAUUGGUACCAAAUGUCUACUGUAUGGUACAUAUAAGGAGCUUUCUAAAGGGUACUGCCCAUCCGGUAUCUAUCUAUCUAUCUAUCUAUCUAUCUAUCUUCAUUCAUUCAUUGAUUCUUGAAUUACAAAUAAUAUUUCUCUGUAAAAAUCUUCUUGUGCUCUGGGCCAAAGGCUGUAUAAUAUUUAUUCAUUUAUUUCUAAUGAAUAUUUGUCUCAUGAGUAAAUGACACUGUAGUUGUGAUCUGUCUUGUUUUUUGGACUGUGUGAAGGGUUGAUUUGUCUUGUCUUCUCUAACACACGUCUUCACAUGUUUUGAAAAUGAUGUCUGUGUGCUGCUAGACUCUCUUCAUUACUGUAAAUGUGCUGUUUUUUGUACAUGUGUCUCUGAUGUGCAAAUGCAUGAAGUUCCUGUUGGUACGCAUGAACUGUUGUCAAAGUUUACAUUGAAAUCACAUUCAUUUCUGUUUUGUAUUUAUUAUGUACAUUUGGUUGCAGAAAAUAAUGUAUUGGCAAACCAGAUGGUUCUUUAUGCUUUCUACCUGCAUAAAUGUGAGAAACAAUUUUGUUAUAAAUCUGUCUUCUUGUCCUCAUCGGUUUGUAUGUUGUCUCUGUCUUUGAACGGGUUUUGCUCUCCCUCCAUAGUUUUAUGUGGCCGUUCCUCUCUCUGCCUGUUAUAUUCCUUUAAAUAAUCACUGACCUGAUGUCAGAAAUGAAGAAGUUGUGACAUUAAUAUUUAUGAAAUACUGUAACAUUUACUAGAAAGUAACAUUUGAAGGUUUUAUGUUUGUAUGUUUUAUUGUGUUUUGUUUAGUUUUUACAGAAGUAGGGAAAAACGUCAACGGUAAAACUGAAGGCAGAUGAGAUGUGGAAAACACGGCAUGAUCUGUUUGUGUCUUAAGAAGAAAAAAUAAUGAUGUAGCUGUUAAGAGUUUAAGCAGAUCUUACUGAAUAUAAAUUAUUUAUUUUGAA